AUGUCUCAACGACCACCCCUCAAACUCCUCAUGCUGCACGGCUACACCCAAUCCGGCAACCUCUUCCACGCCAAAAGCCGCGCUCUAAUCAAACACAUCACGAAAUCCUUCCCCCUCCACGAAGUCUCCACUGUCUACCCAACUGCUCCCCUCCGUUUAAACCCUGCCGACAUCCCUGGCUACGAACCCCCACAAGAAGGGGGCGACAGCAACGCGGUAGCAGAAGCCUCCGACGCUUACGGUUGGUUCCGACGCAACAACACCGCCGACCCACCGCUAUACAUGGGUCUAGAGGACGGACUCGAUGCCGUCGCGAAGGUUCUACGAGACGACGGUCCGUUCGAUGGAGUGAUUGGGUUUUCGCAGGGCGCCGCAAUGGCAGCCAUGGUGGCUUCGUUGCUGGAACUCGGACGGAAAGAGGCGUUUGCGAAGUUCGCGCAAGAUGACGACCGUGUGUUUUCGUUCCCAACUUCGUUUGAUGGAUUGGCACAUCCGCCGUUCCGGUUUGCGUUAUGUUAUAGUGGGUUUCGAUCGCCUGGCGCUAGGUAUCGGGGGUUUUAUGAGAAUCCGGCGCUCAGGACACCGGUUUUGCAUGUUUUGGGAUCGUUGGAUGCGGUCGUCGAGGAGGCAAGGAGUCGUUUGUUGAUCGAGGCGUGUGAGGGAGAUCCAGAGAAGGAGGGUAAGGUCGUUUGGCAUCCUGGGGGACAUUUCUUGCCUAGUCAACGGCCGUUUUUGGAUGCUGCGGUACGGUUUAUUCGGGAUCAACUGGAGAAGAAGGUUAAGUCGGCUGCGGUCGAGGAAGAUGUGAAUAAUAUGGAUUGGCCGUUUUAG